AUGUCAGGCAACGGGAUUGCACCUUGCAAAAAGGUUACUGAUGAAGUUUUUGCAGAAAUGAAAAAACUUAUGAGAGAAUGUGAACACCGGUUGAAAAGUGCAACUCCAACACAAGUGUCUUUGCCUAAUACUGAUUCUUUACUUUACUCUUCUAUGUCUAAUAUUGAGCAAAAGAAGAGAAAGGGAAUGAAUGGGCCCCUUGAUAGAGCUUUUCAGAAUGAGGCUAGAGAACAAUGUGAUGCUGAAGUUGCAAGGAUGUUUUAUACAGGUGGAUUGUCCUUCCACCUGGCAAGGAAUCCACAUUAUCGAAACUCAUAUUUUCGUGCUUCUAUGCUUACAGGAUAUGUUCCACCAAGUUACAAUGCACUAAGAACUACUCUUUUGCAACAAGAGAAGAGGCACGUUGAGCGAUGUUUACAACCAAUCAAGAGUACGUGGAGCACUAAAGGUGUAAGUGUGUGUAGUGAUGGGUGGACAUAUUCACAAAGAAGACCACUUAUUAACAUUAUGGCAACUUGUGAGAGCGGGCCUAUGUUCUUGAAGGGAAUUAAUUGUGAUGGAGAGUACAAGGACAAACAUUUUUGUAGAGCUGCUGGAUUACUUGUUGAGGCUAGAUAUCCCAAUAUCUUUUGGACACCAUGUGUGGUUCACACUCUUAAUCUUGCUUUGAAGAGCAUAUGUUCACCAAAACAAAAUGACGAUUGGUAUGAUAAAUGUAGUUGGAUUUCAGAGAUUGCUGCUGAUGUUGGGUUCAUAAAAAAUUUUAUUGUGAACCAUAAUAUGAGAUUGACUAUGUAUAAGGACCACUGCAAAUUGAAGCUGCUCUCUAUUGCUGAAACAAGGUUUGCGUCUACACUUGUGAUGAUUAGAAGAUUUAAGGAAGUAAAGGAAGGUCUAGAACAAAUGGUGAUUAGUCCAAACUGGUCUUUAUAUAAAGAGGAUGAUGUUGGCAAAGCAAGAGCAGUGAAGGAAAAGAUAUUGGAUGAAUACUUUUGGGAUAAGAUUGAUUAUAUACUUUCCUUUACAGCUUCUAUAUAUGAGAUGAUUAGGAUGGCUGACACAGAUAAACAUUCUCUUCAUUUGGUUUAUGAGUGGUGGGAUACCAUGAUAGAAAAGGUGAAGGCAGCUAUCUAUAGGAAAGAGCACAAGCAACUGCAUGAACAAAGUGACUUUUUUGAUGUGGUGUAUCAAAUUAUACUGGAGCGAUGGACUAAGAGUAGCACACCACUCCAUUGUUUGGCACAUUCUUUAAAUCCUAAGUUUUAUAGUCCAGAAUGGCUGCAAAAGGAUCCUAGUCGUGUUGCUCCACACCAAGAUGCUGAGAUUACAAGGGAAAGAAAAAAAUGUCUUGAGAAAUACUUUUCCGAUGACCGAACUAGAAGAGAUAUCAAUGUGGAGUAUGCCUCUUUUUCAAUGUGCUUAGAUGACUUUGGAGCUAUUGAUGCUAUGAAUGAUAGGUUUCACAUGGAACCAACGGUGUGGUGGAUUGUUCAUGGAGCUUCAACACCAACUGUCACCACUCGAUUCGAGAAUAAGGAAUAUUCCCGAAUCAGGGUGUGA